AAGGGCAUGCGUAUUGAACGUGCAUGCGAGCUUUGCCGCUCCAAGAAGGUCAAGUGCAACGGCGAGAAUCCGUGCCUCCGAUGCUGGCAGCACAGUUUGCCCUGCAAGUAUCGCGAAAAACCACGCAUUCGAGGGCGGCCCCCCAAGGGAUCUACAGCACGGAGGAGCCCUCCACCACCCUCGGUGGCAGAAGCCACAACCCCAAGCUUUAUCCUCACUCGGUACAGUCCCGAGGAGUAUCGGCAGCAAUUAGAAUUACGCGCGGGCAUCGGAGUCACCAACAGCCAGACCGGCUCCUUUCAAUUCUAUGGACCUUCUUCACAUUUCUGCUUCAUCCAGCGCAUCCACCAGCGUAUGAAGCGCCAGUCCCACGCUCGGCUGUUGGACCAACCCAAGACGGCAGUGCCGACCGGUCUCGGGGAAUGGGGCUUGGAACGAUUCAUGUUCGCCGCCGGAUCUGGGGGGCUUCGCUCAUCUGGGGGCUCAACUGAAUCCUUCCUGUCGCAGGAACUAGGCCGUCGAUUUAUCGCCGCCUAUUUCGAGGUCAUCCACCCGCAUCUACCCAUCCUCGAACAGCCCAUCAUCGUUCGCCUGUGGGAGAAGCUGUGGGCCCCCCCGGCCCCGGGACGCGAAGUCAGCUCCCGAGAUCUAGUCUACAUGGUUCUCGCUCUGGGGGCUCGGACAAUGGCCCGAGAGGAUAGCCACAGUGCGGAGACGCUGGACCGGUGGGCCGACUAUUUCUGGGCACAGUCAAACGACUAUAGCAUGUUGUUUCAAGAGCCUUGCAUCAAGGGGAUUCAUUUGAUACUUCUCAAGGCUAUGUAUGCGUUGCACGGGAUGAGGCCUAAUGAUGCUUAUCUCUAUCUAGGGCAUGCCGCUCGAAGUGUGCUGGCCUUGGGUCUCAACCGCAGUCAGGUCGUCAAUGGAUUAGCCCCCGUCAUGCAUAAGCUGCGCAUAACAUUCUGGGUCGUUUACUUCUAUGAGCGAGUGUGUGCAUUUUUCACCGGUCGCCCCUCAUGCUUUCUCGACAGCCACAUUGACGCUGCCUUUCCCGAGGAUGUGCCCCGUGCACUUCUUGAAGGUGGCUAUGUGGGAGACUCGGAUGGCCCGACAACGCAAUGCGCCUAUUUGAGGUCAAUGGCACGGAUCGGGCAGCUCAUCGAAAAAGUGUCGAGCGGGAUCUUCUCACUGGCGAACCUCCAAGCGCUUUACGACCGCCGUAGGGUUGAAGUCACGAUCUCGGAGUGCGACGCGGCGCUGCAGCAGAUUGAGCAGGGCCUACCUCCUUACCUGCAGUUCUCUAAUCGCGAUCGGUCAAAGAGUGAAGCGUGGCAGGAGAUCCAAUGUACUCAUCUGGGAAUGGCCUUCCACCUGAUCAAGAUGAUGAUCCGUAGACCUGCUCUGGUGUAUGCGAGCUUCUGCCACAGCCCGGAUGGGACAUCGGAGCCGGCCUCGCCUACGCAGGAGAAUCUGCAAGAGUCCAUCGACUUGUCAAUCCACUCGGCCAAGGAGAUCAUUGCGAUCGCAAGCAGUGCCAUCAUGGAUAGGGCGACGUGUAUCCGCAACGAUGCAUCCGUGGCCAACUACAUUGUCUCUGCCUGCGUGACCCUCCUGUAUAACGUGUUAGAUUCGUCCGUCACUGUGGAGCAUGCGCGAAUGAUCUUCGAGUCGGUGGAACGUGGCAUUCAGUGCCUCGAUCAGAUGGAGCACAAUGGACCGAUCACCGGCAAAGCGCUGAGCAUGGACAUCAUGAAGAGUGCCAAAGAUGCUCUGUCGCUCUCAACUCGCGAGGCGAAUCUCGAGGAGAACAUGGCGGACAAUUUCCCCUGGCUCAAGUAA